AUGUCAGGACAUCACCGCAUCACCCUCGCCGCCAACCCUCCCUACUUCGAUGGCGACAAGUCCAAGUACCUGGGCUUUGUGGAUGCGUGUACCACAUACAUCGGUGCCUAUUGGUCAGAGUUCUCGCUGGACAAAACAAAAAUCCUCUUCGUCCUGUCCUACCUCCGCAAUGAGAGCGGCACAAGCUGCGCCGCCUCAAGAUGGGCGAUGAACUGGAAGCAGCACAAUUUCGAGGGCUUCCAAGGACUGAAGGGGGGAGUCACCGCAACAAGCUUCUUGGAGGAGCUUCAGAGGGCCUUUGGGGAUUCUAACGCAGAGCAAGUCGCUGCCGCCCGACUCAUGGCCCUUCGCCAGGGCAGACGGUCCUUUGCGGACUACAUCUCCGACUUCGAAAUGCUGGCUGCAGAUGCGGGGUACAACGUGGUCACCACCACCGACAGCAAGGGCGAGUACAAGAAGGGGGAACAGGACAAUAUCCUCAUCGAGUUCCUGGAACGCGGACUCAGCAGCAAAAUUGCAAGCCGCCUCUACAACACUGGCGUUCCCCUGCCCAAGGCAUAUGGUGCCUUCAAGAACUGGUGCGUCAACAUUGAGGCAAACGCUCUACGCGAUCAGCUGCGCAAAGCAUCGCAUGCGCAAUCCGCACCACGACCGCCUCCCCAAUUCCGCCCUCAGGCAGCACCAGCGGCGCCCACGCCUGCCCCGACCCGGCCGGCUGCCAACAAACCAGUCCCAAUGGAAAUCGAUCGGACCCAUGCCCGCGGCCGCAACAUCAUCUGCUACAACUGUCAGCAGCCUGGGCACAUCGCGCGGAAUUGUCCGGAGCCCAAGAAGAAGCGCACGUUCUUCAAUCGGGCCACGAUGCUGGAAGAGAUCAAGAACGGGGAUAAGGACAACGAGUUCCUCAAGGAGAUUGCCGAGAAGCUGCGCGAGAAGGGUUUUUGA